CAAAGUGGGAUAAACAAGUCUGUGUGGCGCUGCCGCUGCGGGGCUCUGGUGUGGUUAUUAAGGAGCUGGACCCGACGCCUCUGGAGUCACUUCUUCCAGGAGAGCUCCGCAGUGUGUGUGCUAGCACUCGUGAGGCGGAGAUCGAGACUGUGUAGUCGCUCGGAGAGCUAGAUGACUAGACGCGGCCUAUCUCUUUGUCAGGGACUGACAUCUCUGAGAAGAAAAAUGGAGUCACGGAGGACUGAGUGGGCGUUUCUUGUCAUAUUGCUUGUUCUGUCCCGCGUUGUGAAAGUUCACGCAGUGUCUUACCGGGUUCGUCCGGAGUCGGUAGCCGUACGUGAGGGACAGACGGCAACGCUACGAUGUGCCUUCAUCGGAUUAACAGCACAGAGUGUUGUCUUCUGGGAAGGGCCGCCAAACUUUGCCGUCAUAUCCACGGGUCGAGAGGUCGACCCUCGCUACACAAGACAUCGCAUCACAGGAGAUCCUUCAAGAGGAGAGUACCAUCUAGAAAUCAAAGACGUCAACCUCCUAGAAGAAGGAGGCUACAGAUGCAGUACUCUCGGUCUUACUGAGAAGGCCGAAGUAACUUUGAACGUAGUGGUUCCAAUGAAGACCCCUCCCAAAAUCACCGGACGUGACGUCACAUUCACAGCCAGACAACCAAUGACGUUAACCUGCAUGGCGACUGACGGGAACCCCCUCCCCAGACUGAGAUGGUUCAACGGAACUAAACUAUUGCAACAGACUCCUGAGAACGCCAUGGCGGAAGUCGUUUCAAGUGUCAGCCUCGACUUGGUGAUUCCGGAAGUUGCCAGAUGGGAUCAUGGGAAGAAUGUGACCUGUGUGGCUGACCAAGGUUAUCCUGACCUCACAACAACAAUGGCGUCGUCCACGAUACUGAACGUUCAUUAUUCUCCGAUAGUGCGGAGUAGAAGACAGACCAUCCGAGCUACCGAAGGCGAGACGAUAGACCUGAGCUGUGACGUAGACAGUAAUCCCCCAGCCGACGUCUCCUGGAAGAAAAUAGACGGAAGCAUUCCAGGAAAUGCGGAAAUUAGAGGGAAUGCGUUGCACCUACCGAAACUGAGCAGAAGUGCAGCUGGUGCCUACAAGUGUCUUGCUGACAAUGGCAUCCUGCCAAGUGGAGAAGGCUCCAUUACAUUGAUAGUACUUUAUCCGCCUCGAAUCACGUCUGGUUUCGAAGAUAAAACAAGCGCACUGGCCGGUGGGGAGGGAUUUUCUCUCUCAUGCGAGGCGGAAGGAUAUCCAAAACCCCGAAUACGGUGGAGGCGGAAGGGUACAAAGCUGUACUUUGACAACCCGCUGCAGUUUACACAGAUUGACUACGACAUGGAGGGAGAUUACGAAUGCGUGGCUUCCAACGGCCAGAUAAGGAACGCCGUGAGACAAACCUUCGUGGAUGUCAUUGGAAAACCGUACAUCAACACGGUGAGUUUGAAAGUGUCCGUGCGGUCCGGAGACACGGCUAGACUGGUGUGUGAGAUUCUGUCCGACCCGCUUCCUGAAGAGACAAGAUGGCUGCGGCGUGGGCCCGGUCAACAGGACAAACCGGUCACAGCCAGUCAGCGACCGGGCAUCAGACAAGAGGAGAGAACGUCCAGUAGAGGCGUGACGAACACCCUGGUGAUCUCUCACGUCGGCCGUUCAGACGGCGGAGUUUACGUCUGUGAGACAACAAACACCUUCGGCACCUUCCAGAGGGAGUUCAGCAUGGACGUCAAAGCCACGAAUACUCAAGCCGUUGUCAUCGCUUCCGUCACCGUCAUCGUUCUACUGAUUCUGUUCGCUACAAUUUUCGUCUGCAUCGCCAAGAGGACAGGGUUGUCAGAAAGGGUCAGACGUGAGAAAGCGUCUUCUCCAGACCUGACCCUCCCCCGAGCUCUCCCCCCGAUCCCGUCAUACAUGGUUCCGGUGGGGUCAGACGAUGUUGAUGAUCUGGAGCUGCAGGACUUUAAGGGGACCCUGAAGCCUCGACCUCCCCCCAGGACGGACCUAGAGCCCUACUCCAUCGGUCUUUCCUACCCAAGUUUGAUGCACCCCCUCCCGCCCUACUCCACUGUGGAGAGACAGAGGCCGGACGGGGAGGACAACAUGGUGGACUCGCCCUACCUGGAAGAUCCCUGGGAAAUGGAGGGUUUUGUGGUACCACCGUCUCUUCCUCCCAAGAAUCGUGCGGACAAAAGGAUCAACGCCAUUACCCAAUGUUGAGACUAUAACCAUUGAAGGUGUUCCUCGC